CUCGCGUCUCGCAUUUCCUUCGCACAGUUUCCCCCGUCCUCAGUUUGUGGACUGCCUUGGCGUCCAGGGAAGAACCGAGAAGCCCUUCGAAGCCUGCCGCUUCUCUCCCGUCGAUUCGCCGCGAAAAAGAGCGCAGACGCGGAGGCAGAGAGACACUGGGGAAGACGAGCAGAAAGAAAAGAGAAAGAAGAGCAGAAAGAAAAGAGAAAGAAGAGCAGAAAGAAGAGAGAAAGAAGGAGAAGAGCGUGCGUGAAGGCUGCCGAUCUUCCUGGACGCUUUUGGGCUGCUGUCGCGUCUCCGGUCUGUCGCUGUCUGUUCUUUCUUCCUUUUUCUCUUCGCCUCCCUUCUCUCUCGUCCUGUCUCUUUCCCUCGAGUUCCUCCCUCUUCUUGACGGUCCAGUCUCACUCUCACGCUUUCCCCUUCUCUGUGCUGUCGCGGAGGACGCAGAAGUUCUGCUUCUUAUCUCUCCACUCUCUCUGCCUUCUUCUCCACUUCCCCGCUCCUCUCUCCCUUCGUUCAACUUCUCUCUUCUUCACCUCUGUCCUCUCCUCUGUUCCUCCUUCUCUUUCCUCUUCACCUCUCUCGUUUCAGGUGUACGUACACCAUGUCGCGCCGCCUUCCGCCUCGCAGUUUCUUCGCCUCUCAGGCGGUCGCUGUCCGCGCCGCUUCUCUCUCGCAGGCGCCUUGCAGAUUCCGCGGCUUUGCUGCUUUCUGCAGCGCCUUAUCAUCGUCUUGUGCAAAUUCUGCGCUGCGCUCGCAUGCGGUUUCCCUGUGGACCUCGCGGCUCUCGAGUGACAGACGGGUCUCGAAUCCGGUUUCCACUGCCGAUCGAAACUCCGCAGAACGCGCCCUCAAACGCGAUGUGCGUCUCGGCGCUCUGCUCGCGCCUCUCCGCCGAGAAGUUGUGCAUGCAGUCGGCUCUGCCGCGAGUCCCAGCAGCCGCGAGAAGAAAUUCUUCAGCUCCAGAGCCGGCGAAGGUCGAGACGCCGCGCUCGACAGCGCGUCUCACCCCAACGACGUAGAAAUGAAGGAGACCGAGCAGGCGAGCGCGCCGGAGAAUGAAGGGAAGAAGAAGGAGAAAGAGACGGAGGGGAGUCGUGGAAAGUCUGAGUCUGUGGGGGCGGGGGAAGCGGUCCACCGAAGCGGUCUGCGGCGCGUGUUUUCGCGGCUGUUCUACUCGUGCGUUCUCCUCGUUGGAGGCGGCGCUGCGUUUCUCUUCUUCGCCUUUCCGUCGGUGCCUCUGGACCUGAAAAACGUGCCGGUUGGGUCCGCGCUGCAGGCCGCGCUGCAGGCCGCGCUGGGUGGGAAGGAGACUCCUGAGGAGACAGGAGACAGGAAGUCGGAGACAGGGGGGAAGGAGACGCGUUCGUCCUUCGCCUUCCUUGUGCGGCGAGAUCCCCUCGAAGGAUUCUCUCUUGUGACAGACGCAGAAUUCGACAAGACGGAUGAGGCCCUCGUUCUCUUCCUCGACGGUGAAACCCAGGCCGAGGAAGAGAGCGAAGCCAUCCGCAAACUACGCGCUCUUGUCGAACGCAUGCAACAGGAAGGAAAACUAAAAAACAUCAGACUCUUCUACGCCUGGAGGACGGCAGGGAAUUCUCCAGCUCAGGGCGAAGACACGGCAGUGAUGCUCUACAAGGGACAGCGUCGGUCGCGGUACGCUCUCGCCGAGCUUUUGCGCGGCGAGGCGGAAGAAGCAGGCGAAGUAGACCCCAAAGACAAGAACGUAGAGCCAGCAGCGCUUGGAGAAGAAAGGACGAGUUCAAGGGAAGCCGCGAGUGGAGAGAAGCUUCUCGAGACAUUCUUUACGCCGUUGAGCGAGAAGGAGAACGCGUCGCGCACGAAGCGCGAGAAGGGCAAACAUCUGCCCAUCCGAGUCGUCGGUUCCGCCUUCAAACGCGAUGUCUUGGACGAGGCGAAGGCGGGCAAUACGAUUCUUCUUCAACUGUUUGAAGACUCUUGUUUCCUCUGCUUCCUCAUGCGACCUUUCCUGAACUCGGUCAGCGCACUGCUUGCCGAGUACAACAUCCCGGUGACGAUGAAGAGGUUGAACAUCGAAAAGAACGACUUUCCAGAGGGAUGCGUCGUCACCAGGGCGACCCCAACGUUCGUGUUGCACCGAGGCGCACACGAGGAGGGAGAGAGAUGGUCAGAAUUCCGACCUCGAGAUUUCAUUGAAAAACUGGAGAAGGAGUUCGACCUGCCUGUUGAGCUGCGGGAGAAACUGCAUGCGCUCCUUGACCUCCUGCAUGAGCGCUUCAAGCGCUUCGGUCUUCUCUCUGUUUGGUUGCUGGAAGUGCGUAAGAUGGAGGAAGCGUUCCUUCAGGAGCAGCAGCGGAAGCAAGCGCGAGAGAGCCUCGAGCUCCACGGCCUCGGCGCGCAGACCGCUUCUUCUUCGCCUUCUUCUUCUUCUGGAAACCAUCAGACGGAAGCUCGCGAAAAAACGACAGACGAAAAGUCGAGAGAACAGGACGAGAAGCAACGGGAAGACGGCGACUUCGACGCCAUUGUAUCGAUGCUCAUGAGUCAAGACAUGAAGCGCUUCGAUGACCUCAGUGAAAAUCUCGAGCACCUGGAGCGCGAAGCUGCGAACGCAGAGGCCGACGCGAUGGCUCUCGGUGUGAUGAUGGGAGAAGAAUUGCUGCGCGACGACGUUGAACAUCUCGCGGAAGCUCUGUUGGCAGCUGAGAGUCUCGUCGGACAAAGCUCAUCGGUGGAAGGCGGCGCAGGGCGACACUGAUCAGAUUCCAGUUUCGUUUUCUUUCUUCCUUUGCACAGCCGGAGGCGUCUCCCCUAAACGCUGGCUUCCUCUUUUCUCUCCCUUCUCUCUAGCGUCUUCCUUCCUCGUUUCCCUCUCCUUCUCGUCUCCUUGUCUCUCUCUUCUUCAGCCUCGUCCUCUCUUCUCUCGUUCUCUUCGUCCUCUCCGUCGCCUCGUGUCUCUUUUUUUUUGUUUCUUCUCUCUCUCCUCCGCGCCUUGCAUUUCACUUGCGUCCGUGCUCCCCGUCUUCUGCUUCGCUUCAUCUGAGUGAGCGAGUUUUGUAAGACCAGCGCCGCUUGCAAGAAAAUCAAUUCGACUGAGGAAGACCUGCAGCUCAACUGAACCGACGAGCGUCGGUGUUCAAGAGGACGGAUCCGCAAGCAGUUUUUUGCCUUCCGCGGCGGGUCUCGCUCGCGCAAAGGCGCCAAAGUCGAAAGCAUUUGGUCUACAUGCACCUUUUCUCUGCCGAUUUCUCUGAAGCUGUUCUGCUGCUAUCAAAGAGUCGGUCUCGGUGGCUUUCUCGAUGGUGCUUUCUCUGCUUCCCUUCACACAUGCCGCGAAAGAAAGCAGAGAUCGCGGCUAAACGCAAAUACGUCACUACACAAACGAAUCCGGAAGAGCUGGAAGAAGCUCAGAAUGCGUGCUCUGCGGAGAACAGAUUCACCUGCUUCCCCUUUACAUUCAUGGCAACCAACAGAAAUCCUCAACGGCAAUUCAUUCAACCUUCGCUGCUGCAUGCGCGCGCCACGCUCGCUCACCUCUGACUCAGUUGCCUUCAACUCUCCAGUUCUCGACGCGCUCUCGUUUCACACACG